AUGUGCGGGUCACAUGAUCACCUAACUUUCGACUAUAAAAGAGGGACCUUACCACAAAUUUCAAACCAUAGUUAUUCAAAACUUUUCUUUGCUACCACUCAUCAGAAUCUUAUUCCUCCUCAAAUGACACCAAAGAUGUUUGCAUGCAUCUAUGAUAAUGGUGACAUGAUUCCUAACCCAAAAAAUGGUGUUUUGUUUAAGUCUGACACCUGUAUCAUGGUUCAGCUUCAUGGAGGUUUCACAUUUUCGCAAUUAGUAGAGAUAAUAUUGCAACGAGGAAAAGAGAUCCAACCAAUCCACCUCCUGUCCUCCAUUUCAGAUUUCCAACACAAAUUUGUGGCAGACAUGUGA